ACUACAGUUCCCAGAAUUCCCCACGGCCAGCCAGCUUAGCAGGGUGACAGCUGCCCGGGCCGGCUCUCUCCGGAGAGCGCCCAGUUGGAGAAGGGCUGAUCCACCCAGUCCAACCAGUCCGACUCCUUGUAAGGCGAUUUCCUGGUUCCUCGUUUGCAAAUCGCCGGGCGCGAAGCGGCGGAGGGGAUGAGACCCCCCUGCCAAGCCCACCCUCCACCCGCCAAGGGAGGGAGGCCAGUUCCGACGUGAUGCGGGACACGCGAGGAGCAGGGACCCUCCUUUGGGGGGGUCGGCUCAGGACCAGCCCCUCGCGGGCUCUCUUCGGCUCCCCUCCUGGCCCUGGGGACCAGGGAGCCAGCCCCGCGUCCCCAGCCUCCCGUCUGAAGCGCGGAGAGGCGGGCAGGCGCCGCUCUCCCUCCAGCUGGGCUCCCAGCCGCUGCAAGCAGAGGGGCCACCGAGACCGGACCACCUGCCCUGCCCAGCCAGCCGCCCCCGGGCCGGCGGAGGAGGCGGAGUAGCGCGGCCCAGCCCAGCUCAGCCCAGCCCGGCCAGGCGCGCCGCUGCAGCCGCCCGCAGGAGCCCGCGGGCCAUGGCUCUGCCCGCCCGGCCACCCAGCCGCACCUCCGAGGCCGAGAUGGCCCUUUACUACCGGCUGCUGCGGAGCGCCGCUCGCGCCGAGGCUUUGGCCGGAGCCGAAUCAGCUGCCCCAUCGCGGGCCAAGGAGCUUGCGGAGGACCUGAGGAAAGGAAUUGCAUUUCUUUCUGGUGGGAGAGGAAAAGACAAGGAGUGGAUUGUCACAUUUCCUGAAAGUCCUACUUUCAGCCAAGUGCCUGAGGAGGUCAUAACAAAAGUUUUAACCUACCUCGCAUGGAUCCCAAGCCAACGCAGACCAGAAAGCAAAUUUAUUCUCAUCCUGGACAGAAGGUUAGAUACAUGGAUGUCGGUCAAAAUGACUCUCCAAAGAAUAGCAACUUCUUUUCCUGGGAAUCUCCACCUUGUGAUGGUCCUACGUCCCACUGGGUUUUUCCAGCGCACUUUUACCGACAUUGGUUUCCGAUUUAGCCAAGAGGACUUCCUUCUCAAACUUCCGGUGGUAAUGCUGAGUUCUGUCAGUGACCUAUUGACAUACAUCGAUGAAAAGCAAUUGACACCUGAAUUCGGAGGCACCUUGGAAUAUUGCCAUAGCGAAUGGGUCAUCUUUAGAACGGCUAUAGAAAGCUUUGCACUCACAGUGAAGGAAACCGCUCAGAUGUUGCAGUCUUUUGGCAUGGAGUUAGCUGAAACACACCUGCCGGAUGAAACCUAUUCCAUUGAGCACAUCCUGGCUCUGCGGACAGAGAAAUACUAUCAGCUAAAGGAAGAUAUCACUGCAGUAACCAAAGAAGGGAAGAUGUUGUUAUGUAGUUUAGAAGAGCCAAAUAUGGACGAUCUAGGAGAAGAUCAGCAACAAGAGAGAUCCAGUGACUGGGAAACUGUCCAUCGUUUACUCACCCAACUGCACGAGAUGGAAACAGCUUUUGAUGGUUUCUGGGAAAAACAUCAGCUGAAGAUGGAGCAGUACUUGCAACUGUGGAAGUUUGAGCAGAAUUUCCAAGAGCUCAGUAAAGCCCUGGAAUUCUUAAUGGCCCAACAGCGGGAAUUGUCAGAUACAGGAGAAAAUGUCGCUCAGGUGAAGCAAAGGCUCUCAGAGUUGGAUAACUUGGACCAAAGGGCGCAGGAUGUAACAGGAAAGGCCCAAAUGGUGAUUCUUCACGGACAUCAAAUGGCGGCCAACCACCAUUAUGCCCUCAACUUGAUUUGCCAGCAGUGCAACGAAUUGCGCCAUCAUUCGGACAUUUUGCUGGAAGAAAUCAAAAAUAAACACAACAGGCUCCAGCAAACAUUGGACCUCCUCACUUCUCUGCAGCAGGCCCUGGAAUGUUGUGAUGAAGGUGUGUAUCUUCUAGCCAACCAGCCAUUGGACAAAUGCCAGUCCCGGGAAGGGGCUCAGAAAGCUCUACAAGACAUCGAGAAGUUCCUUGACAGCUCUUCAGUGCAUUUAAACAUAGAUCCCCAAACCCUGUCUUCUAAUUUUCAUCUCAUCUUAACACCGGAACUCAAAGCUCGGAUACAGAUGGUCCAGAUCAAGCUGGAGAACGUGCGCAGCAUGUUUGAGAACCGACAGGCUUGCUUCAGAAAGCUUGCAGACAAGCAAGUCCGUCCAGUGCAGCUUGUAGCUCCCCGGCCCGAAUGCACAGCCCGGUUUAAAUCUCCGCUGUUUUCCCCCAGACAUGGUAUGGAUUUCAAUUCCAGUUUGAAAUUUUCCUUCGAUAUCUCUCUACCAGGCAAGAAAACUUCAAGGAAAUCUCAAAAUUCCCGCAAGAUUGAAGUUGUCCACAAUUAUCAAGAGAAAAGAAAUUCCUUGCAGUACUACAUCACGGAAAGUGAAGACAGCUUAGACAUGUUGAAAAGCCACGUCAUACAUGAACUGAUACAAACUGAACGAGUGUACGUUGAGGAACUUUUCACAGUUUUGAUGGGCUACCGAGCUGAGAUGGAUAACCCCACCAUGACCUUCCUCAUACCGCCCCUUUUGAGAAGCUGCAGAGACGUUCUCUUUGGAAACAUGCCUGAGAUCUACGACUUCCACAACAAUAUCUUCCUCCAUCAUCUGGAGAGUUGCCUUGAAGCUCCAGAGAGAGUUGGGUGCUGCUUCUUGGAAAGGCGGGAGGAUUUUCAAAUGUAUGAGAAGUACUGUCAGAAUAAACCACAGUCAGAAUCUCUCUGGCGACAGUACGCCGAGAGCCUCUUUUUCCAGGAAUGCCAGAAGAAGCUAGAACACAAGCUCAGUCUAGAUUCAUACUUGCUCAAACCGGUGCAGAGAUUAACCAAAUACCAGCUGCUUCUCAAGGAGUUGCUGAAGUACAGCACAAGCUGUGAAGGUGUGCAGGAAUUGCAAGAAGCUUUAGUUGCCAUGUUGGAUUUGGUGAAGUCAGUCAAUGACUCCAUGCAUCAGAUUUCCAUCACUGGUUACGAUGGGGACCUCGGUGAGCUUGGCAAAGUCUUGAUGCAGGGCUCCUUCAGCGUGUGGGUGGGCCACCGGAAGGGCCCCACGAAGAUGAAGGACCUGGCUCGCUUCAAGCCGAUGCAAAGGCACCUUUUCCUCUACGAGAAAGCCCUGGUCUUCUGCAAGAAAAGGGAGGAGCAUUGUGACAGCUACGACAAGCGGUCAUCCUACAGCUUCAAGCACUUUCUGAAGAUGAAUGCUGUUGGAAUCACGGAAAACGUGAAGGGAGACCCUCGCAAGUUUGAGAUCUGGUACAGCGGGCGAGAAGAGGUCUAUGUGGUACAGGCACAAACCUUUGACUUGAAGAUGGCUUGGCUAAAUGAAAUCCGAAAGAUUUUGUUCAAGCAGCAACAGCUCAUCAAAGAUGAGAAGCAAGUGUCAUCUUUGUGUACUGACACAAUUCAACUUUCUCCUCCGUUGAGUGAAGGGAAAAAGCUGAGAGCUUCUGUAAGCUCAGAGGAGAACGAUUCUGAACAUACCAGCCCUGUUGCUGUGGAGAACUUAGCUUCCUCUACUUCGAGCAAACCCAGCAAACCUUGGACAGGCAUGUCCCAUUCAUUAGAAAUCUGUGAAGGUCUUGAAGAGUGGUCCAGCCACCAUUACUUCUCAACCUACUCUGACACUGAAGAAGAAGAUGGCAACCAACUGUCUCCAGGAAAAUAUAAAGCCUUAGCAGAUUGUAAGAAGAGUAACUCAGAUGAACUUCUGGUGAAGAACAGGGAUGUCAUUCAGCUCUUGCACGAAGAUGGAGAGGGUCAGUGGUAGGUGAUCCAGAUGUCCAACUUCUGGUCUACAAAAGUAGACAAGAACCUUGCCAUAAGUAAGAAGAAGAGUGAGAAUGCUCUACAGCUUUACCAAGAGCUUUUUCAGGCUUGUUUCAUCUCCACCAUCUCCUUCCUUCCUUCCUUUAUCUGAAAGGCUGGUCAAAAACCUCAGCCGAAGUAAAGAAGGAUGGGUGCCCACCAACAGCCUGCAGAUAAUCCUCGGGGACUGUAGGUUUCACAGCACCGGAGUCACAGGUAUCCCUGUGAUGACAAGUGACUUGCUCAUCUGACCUGUUUCAGCGUUGGCAUGCGCACAAGUUCGGAGGCCUGGGCACUGCUUUGCUUGCUUGCUUAGAAGAAACCUGACUUUUGUUAAAAUAAAGCAGAGGAUGAGAAGGGAUUAAUAAUCUAAUAUGUUCCAGGAAGUUAGUAUUUAGCAAUAGUAUUAGGCACUCUUUCUUCUUUUUUAUCCUCUUUGCUCUUCUCUUUCUCCUCCUCUUUCUAUCCUUCUCCUUCUUGUCUCCUUCCCUCCUUCUUCUUCUCCCAUCCUUCUCCUACUCAUCUCUCUUCCAUCU